AUGGCUGCUCUUUACUUGUUGACAACGUACGAUGUGCCGCUGAUGGAAUUCGUCGCCUGGUCGCUCAAAGAGCGCGCUUUCAUACUCAAUAAGCCGAAUGCCGUCAUGGAGCAUGCAUGGAAGUUUGGGAUCCUGCAAGAUCACUCCUUAACGCAGCUCAAGGAGCACCUAGAGGGACACAGCGGCGUUCCACAACUGGGAGCCUCGCCCAUGAAGCACUUGGCAGCUACAGACCUCGCAACGCCUCCUGCGAACCAUGCCUUCCUCGACCUGCCGAGCGGCGGGGCUUUCACUACGACCGGCCGCAGAACGGACUCGCGAAGACCAUGCAGACGCGUCCGCAUCAAAGGUGAGCUGGGCAUCACGUCGGACGAUUCACUUGGCACCACCGCAGCGACUUCUAACACGUGUGCGCUAGACUCGAACACGUGCGCCAUUGGCUCGGACACGUGUGCCCUGAUCUCUGAACCUACUGACAACACUACACUGGAGACCACCGGGUGCAACAGCGGCGGCCCUGGACACGGAGGCCUUGCACAUGGCGGCCCUGGACACGGAUCCGAUCAUCUCCUUAGGCGCGCUGCUGACAUGACUCCGGUAGCCUCGGACGCUGCAGGACACGAUCGACGACGUAGACGGCCAGUGGGCGUCCUGAGCAGCGAGAAGGCUGUUAAGCGGACAGCUGAGCUGCCUACUCGGAAGAGGGGCAGUAGUCGAAGAAUACCCGAAAAGGAGAACGUCACUGAGUGUCCCGAGUGCGGACGGAGAGGACAAAGCAUUUUCGACCCCAGCAUCUCUGACCGCGAAGGCCACGUCUGGCAGUAUUUCUACUGCCGUAACAUGCUCUGUCCAAAGGGCCGGAGCUGCAACCGCUACAUCGGCUGGGCGAUCCGCCCAGUUGACCGAUAA